AUGGCUUCACAACCUGCUGUAUCAGCACUCAGUGCUUACCGCCAAGUUCUCCGCGCCACCCGCAUUGCCUUCCAAAAUGAUACUCGAGUCCUCCUUGCUGCCCGUCAAGAAGCGCGCCAGAACUUUGAGAAGCACCGUCGAUAUGGCGUAGACACACCUAUGCAAAUUAACCAUGCUCUGGAAGUUGCAAGCAUUUUGCGCCACAACAUCGUGCAGGGUGCGAGAGAUGCGGAGGAUGAGAAUGCAAAAUGGGAACUGCGGAUACACGACGAAAUCGAGCGUGGCGAUAACGACUCGAUCAAGGUUGCAGGGAAGAAGGUGAAGGUCGACAAGCCGUGCUCGUCAUAAUAUCUAUCUGGAUAUUGAAGCAUAUUUUGUGAUGUGUAUUAUAGGUUU